AUGAACCAAUUCUAUGGAAUAUUUCGUCAAUAUUCAUUCAAACAAAUUAAUAUUAAUAACAAAAAAUUCAAAGAAUUUUUAGUCAAAUCUUAUGAUAUUGCUAUAAAUUCUAUUGAUAAACUUGCUGAAAAUAUUGGUACUGAUCGUUCAGCAAUAUUACCUAAGGAGAUCAUGUCAUUUAUUUUAAAUCUUUUAACAACUGUACCUAUACAUGAUCGAUCUACGAAAUUAUAUAGUAAUUUUGCUUUAAUACAUCAACCACUUCGUGAUAAUAUGCAAAUUAAAUGGUCAGAUUUCAAACCGAAGAUUGAUUUCAUAAAACGUGUUCAAGAACCUUAUAUGGCUUCAAAAAAAGGUUCAAAUAAUAAUAAGAAUCAAACAUGUGUGAAUAUUGAAAUAAAAGAGUUUUUUGAAUUUGGUUAUGAAAUGAAUGCUGAUGAUCUUUUACCAAUAUGGACACAAGAACAAGAGAAUAUUGUUCCAUCAAUAAUUACUGAUACUGAUCAGAUUGAACAACCAAUAAAAUAUGUAGCUGGUUUAGAUAUAAGUUUUGUUAAAACAAAUGAUAAAGCUGUUGGAUCUAUGGUUAUUUUUGAUUAUGAAACAUUAAAUAUUGUAGCUAAAAUAAGUGUUAAUUGUAAUAUGAAAAUUCCAUAUAUACCUAGUUAUUUAGCAUUUCGUGAAGCUCCAGUUUUUAUGAAAUUAAUUGAUAUUCAAAAAGAAUGUUGUCCUCAUUUAACACCACAAGUUAUUUUAAUGGAUGGAAAUGGUGUUUGGCAUCCACGUCGUGCUGGUAUUGCAUCACAUUUUGGUGUUUUAAGUGGAUUUCCAUGUUUUGGUGUAUCGAAAAAUGUUCUUUAUGUCGAUAGUAUAACACGAGAGAAAGUUCAAGAUUUAUUAAAUGAAAAAGCACCUGAAAAAGAUCAAUAUGCUGAAGUGAUUGAUGAUAGUGGAAAUAUUCUUGGUUUAGCUUAUAAUGUAACUGGUUCGGUAAAAAGUGCUGUAUAUAUUAGUGUUGGACAUAAAAUAACAUUAACAACAGCUUGUGAUAUAUUUAAAUCAGUGACUAAAUAUCGUAAUUGUGAACCAAUACGACAAGCUGAUUUACUUAGUCGAGAAAUGGUUACUAAAAUUUCAUAA